AUGCAACUGGUUAUCUGCUUGGACGUUCCUGGCGAAACAAUGUUGACAUGGUUACCCCCGUCACCGCCACUGUCCGAUGCUGAGGAUGAUCUUUAUUAUGAUUCAACCGGCGAAUAUUGGUUUGAGCAGUUGCCGAUGGAGGAGUCUCGUCUUCCAGCCACUAUCCAUGAGCUUCAUCGUCCACGACCUCUUGCCGCUCCUGCUAUGACUGCCGUUCCGGAACAACACCUAUCGGACACCUCUGUUACAGAAACACGACCAAAACAGAAAUUCCCGGGUACUUCUGUUACAACUGCCGAGAUACCUUUCGCACCUGCUGUGACGAGUGGUACGACCUCCUUGCCAGUAGCAGCAUCUUAUGUCUCAUCGGUGUCUCAAGAACGUGGUGUCAGUUUUAUCCCGUCUGCAGAUGUAUCGUCUUAUCCCGAUGCUUCCAGUAUGUUGAGGCCCGAGACGCCGUCACAUAUUCCUGGCUCUGUUGAAGAUGCAAUUGACAGUGUGCGAAAGUCGGCACAAAAAGCAUUUUCCGGGGAACGAACACCACACAGUCCCAGUUUCGAUAUCAUUGCUGGUGGGCUUAGCGCAACGUCAAGUUGUGAUUCUUUGAUACAGGCAGCAGAGACUUCGAAUUUUGCCAGUGAGACAGCUACUCUGUGUGCUGCCUUAACGGACGUGUCGCAGAUGCCAAAUCAUUUGCGUCCAACGAAAAGCGGUAUAUACUCGAACUGGGACUUUGUAUCAUACUUCCUCGGUAUUUCUUCAGAUUUAUACCGAUCUGUCGAUGCGAUUUCAUUGCGCAUUUCGGAGCGGCAUGAAACUAAACUUACUGAAUUUGGUGUUCGUUAUCAGUGCAAAGUAUCAGUUUAUCAUGGGGCUGACUGCCAAAGCGAACGUACGGGCAAAUCUCGUGAACAGGACAAGGAACGUGUACGCUUAAGGGACGAAGAGGAGGAAAUGAAAGAUGCUACGAUAAUGGAUCAACAGCGAAAACGUGAUCAAAAAGUGACAUCGAGAAAAGCAGCGAUUCCAUCACUACUGGGUGUGGUCCGUUAUCAGAAAACAGAUUAUGAUAUUGUCAUCGAAAACGCACAACGGCAGCUUGCUACUGUUAUAGCUCCACGCCCUGAAUCAUCACUACGAGCCUAUGCUGUAAUUAAUCUAAUUUCCCUGCUGGUCAGUACUCCGCAACCGAACGUAGCCGAGAGUGACGAUCGUGGACGACACGAACGAUUCUCGACGGUGGUGACGCUGCCGAUGUGUUGCAGUCGGGUCGAUGCUGAGACGAAGCAGAAACAAAUCGAAAAAGAUUUGAAGAAAUCGAGUCGAAGCGAUUUGAAGAAAACGUCCUAG